GGCAUUGCAAAGGGGUGCCUGGGGUGCGUGCAGGAAAGGGGGGAUCCGUCUGGCUCCUGGCAGGGCAUGAUGGCCCCUGGGCGGUGGGCGCUGCUGUGUCUGCUGCUGGCGCUGGCCCUGGGCCUGUCCCCAGGUGCCCGUGGGGCUCAGCUCAACGCCACCCCGGCCCCUGAGCGCUGCAAGCGGGUGGCACCCUGCGAGCGCCUGCACUACAACGCCUGCCUGGGCUCCACGCUGCCCUACGCCGCCACCUCUACGCUGCUGGCCGGAGACUCGGGCUCACAGGAAGAGGCACACGGGAAGCUGCUGCUCUGGUCCGGUCUAAGGAAUGCCCCGCGCUGCUGGGACGUGAUCCAGCCCCUGCUCUGCGCCGUCUACAUGCCCAAGUGUGAGGACGGCAAGGUGGAGCUGCCCAGCCAGACCCUGUGCCAGGCCACCCGCGGGCCCUGCACCAUCGUGGAGCGGGAGCGGGGCUGGCCCGACUUCCUCAAGUGCGGUCUGGACCGGUUCCCAGAAGGCUGCCCGAACGAGGUGCAGAACAUCAAGUUCAACAGCUCAGGACAGUGCGAGGCGCCGCUGGUGCGGACGGACAACCCCAAGAGCUGGUACGAGGAUGUGGAGGGCUGCGGCAUCCAGUGCCAGAACCCACUCUUCACUGAGUGGGAGCACCACGAGAUGCACGUCUACAUCGCGGCCUUCAGCUCUGUCACGAUCUUCUGCACCUUCUUCACCCUGGCCACAUUUGUCGCCGACUGGAAGAACUCAAACCGCUACCCAGCCGUCAUCCUCUUCUACGUCAACGCCUGCUUCUUCGUGGGCAGCAUCGGCUGGCUGGCCCAAUUCAUGGACGGGGCCCGCGGUGAGAUUGUGUGCCGGGCCGAUGGGACCAUGAGGCUGGGUGAGCCCACCUCUAACGAGACACUGUCCUGCGUGAUCAUCUUUGUCAUCGUCUACUACUCACUGAUGUCGGGCGUGAUCUGGUUCGUCAUGCUGACCUAUGCCUGGCAUACCUCCUUCAAGGCCCUGGGCACCACCUACCAGCCACUGGUGGGCAAGACCUCCUACUUCCACCUGGUCACCUGGUCCAUCCCCUUCGUCCUCACCGUCGCCAUCCUAGCUGUGGCACAGGUGGACGGCGACUCUGUCAGUGGCAUCUGCUUUGUGGGAUACAAGAACUAUCGCUACCGGGCUGGCUUUGUGCUGGCCCCCAUCGGCCUGGUGCUCAUCGUAGGGGGCUAUUUCCUCAUCAGAGGUGUCAUGACUCUGUUCUCCAUCAAAAGCAACCACCCCGGGCUGCUGAGCGAGAAGGCGGCCAGCAAGAUCAAUGAGACCAUGCUGCGGCUGGGCAUCUUCGGCUUCCUGGCCUUUGGCUUCGUCUUCAUCACCUUCGGCUGCCACUUCUACGACUUCUUCAACCAGGCCGAGUGGGAGCGCAGCUUCCGGGAGUACGUGCUGUGUGAGGCCAACGUGACGAUCGCCACCCAGACCAACAAGCCAAUCCCCGACUGCGAGAUCAAGAACCGACCCAGCCUGCUGGUGGAGAAGAUCAACCUCUUUGCCAUGUUUGGCACUGGCAUCUCCAUGAGCACCUGGGUGUGGACCAAGGCCACGCUUUUGAUAUGGAGACGCACCUGGUGCAAGCUGACUGGGCAGAGCGACGAUGAGCCCAAGCGUAUCAAGAAGAGCAAGAUGAUCGCCAAGGCCUUCUCCAAGCGCAAGGAGCUGCUGCACAACCCCGAGCAGGAGCUGUCCUUCAGCAUGCACACCGUCUCGCACGACGGGCCCGUGGCCGGUCUGGCGUUCGACCUCAACGAGCCGUCAGCCGACGUCUCCUCUGCCUGGGCUCAGCACGUCACCAAGAUGGUGGCCCGGCGAGGUGCCAUCUUGCCGCAGGACAUCUCCAUCACGCCCAUGGCCACCCCUGUGCCACCGGAGGACAGGCCCAACCUGUGGGUGGUGGAGGCCGAGAUUUCGCCCGAGCUGGAACAGCGGAGCAACCGCAGGAAGAAGCGGAGGAAGAAGAAGAAGGAUGUCUGCCCGCUGGGGCCUGCACCCCUGCCCUGCGACGGGGGCUGCUGCGCCCCGCCGGCCUCCAGCUCCAUCCCGCGCCUACCCCAGCUCCCACGCCAGACCUGCCUGGUUGCUGGCCCCCGUGACUCCCGGCUCAUCGAGGAGACGCUGCUCCCUGGCUCCUACCCCGCACUGAGACCCGGCUUCUUCCCCCGGGACCACCGAUACCCGGGCAUGUUGCACCUCAUCAACAACCCCUUCUGCCCUGAGAGCGGGCUCCAGGAGGAGCUGAGCCUGGGGCACAGCAGUGCGAGGGGCUGUGUUGCUCCUCGGUCCUGCCUGGGUCCCGUGUCAUCCAAGCUGGACCCCUAUGGGCUGCGGACUCAGGGCCGGCAGGCUGCCUUCGCCCCUGGGCACUCCCGGACGAACCUCGUGGAUGCAGAGCUGCUGGACGCUGAUUCAGACUUUUAGACUCUCCUAACGCAGGAGCCUGGGGUGGGCUGGAGCACUAGGAGUGAGGGCGUAGGAGGAGGAUGCCGUGAAAGGGGGCAGAGCUGGCUGGGGCUGCUUUCCUCUGACCCCAAGUGGGCCCAACCCUCCACUGCUGUGCGGCCACCUCUGGACACCACCCACCUCUGGCUGCUCCCAGCCACGAGGCUCAGGCCUGGCCCCUGCUGCAGGGAGUUUGCAGCUCUGGGCACUGAUCCCUGAGCUUGUGCCGAGCUGGAUGCCACUGGAGAAGUGUUAUUUGUUGCUCUGGGUGACCUUGGGCAGUCGGCAGCAGGGAUGGGGCAUUGUGGGGGGCCGUAGUCACCUGGGGCAGCACUGUGCUCCUUAAAUGGAGCUGUGUCAGGCUCGCCGUGAUGUGGGGAGGAUUUGGGGACACUCCUGGGGCAGCCCCAGCUUGGACAGGCCUCAGCCGUGGCUGUGCAGUCUGAGGACUCUGGGUGAGGGGCACAUGGACACGGGGGGCCAGGGGCCCACGCUGAGCAGCUCCAAGGUGCAUGCAAGGCACGCUGUAUCCAGCAUCACACAGGGGACUGAGGUGUGGUUAAAAUGCCAGGACCAGGGCAUGGGGGUGAGAGGGGACUGCCCAGAAAGGAGUACUCCAUAUCCACAGGCCAUGCAGCCUCUCCAUGCCAGCCACCCCAGUGCGGUGAUGGGCAUGGGGCCAUCACAUGGCCCCCAGGAUGAAGGAAGGGGCAGGCAGCUCUCCUAUGGCAGCUAUACCAGGGACGGUAGAAGUUUAUACUGGGGAGACUGGUCUGGAUCCCCUCCCACCAGCCCCCAAAAGGGAUGCUCUACAUGGCUGCAGAGGUGCACAGCAUGCUAGGAUAUGCAGGAAAAGGCCCGCAGGAGGACUCUUAUAGCCAGGACCCAGCACGUGUUGCCUUUCCCUCCAGAGAUACCCUUCCUGGCUGGGCAGGGAGCUGAAUGCCCACAGGCUCCCGGGCCCCACACGACGGAGUGGGGAUAAAUGCCCCUGUUGCAUUGCGGGUGUAUAAAGCCCAGAAACCACAGGCCAUACAGCCCAGGCCAGGCCUCUAGCUGGGCGACAUCGCACCUGGGGCUCCUGGGUUAGGACACGCCAGCUUGACCUCCAUGCCACGGGGGUGGCUCUGGAUUGACACCCAGGACUGGACAGACCUGUAUAGACAGGAUGCACCGGGCUGUUGUUGUCAGUCUCAUCACCCAGAUCCACGGCGGAGGCAUGUUUUGGAUCUGUUCCUCCUGUAUCCCAGCAUGCCAAGCAGAAGAGAGGUGGCUGUGGGUUGGCUAGCAGUGUCAGCCGAAAGUAGCCGUGCUACCUAUAGAACGAGCAUCGGCUGCACUGGCUCCCCCCACGUGGAGACGGACCCCCACGGAGGUGUAGACCCAGCACCCGAAACCGUCCCUCCAUUUCUGAACUUCGGCUGGAGAAGCCCCCCCAGCUUCUUGCAGUCGGCGUUGACGCAGGAGCACGGGGAUAAACGUGAUGUCUGUCGCAGAAGAACCCCAACCCGCCGCUCAAUCUGGAGUUGGUAGGAGGGGCUUAGACUUUGGGCAGGGGCAGGGCCUCGCUGGGGCCCCUCCGUGGGAGGAGCUGCAUCUUGGGUUGAUCUCCUGGGAGCGUCCCCUCGACUCCGCAGCUCAGAUAACCAGCUCCAGCUUUUUCCCCAGAACCCGACAUUCCCAAGGGGUUGAAGCCACACACCCCCCACCGGCUCCAGCCCGGGCUGGCAGUGCCCCUAACCCCACAGGUGGGCUCUUUUCCUGCUGCAAAAGGGUGAAGGGGGCCCCAGAGCUUCACUCUGCUAGUGUCAGGGGGAAGGAUCUGGUCCCCAGGUCUGGUUCAUAGGCAUGGGCCCAACCAAGCCCCUUUCUAUCCAGAUCUGAGCUCUCCCAGGGUCCUGGGAUGGUUAAAGCUGGUUCUGUAGCUCUGGGGCAUGGAGACCACCCUCUCCAGUUGUCUGUCAUUCACCUGGCCCCAGGGGUCUCAGCAUGGCCUCUACGCACGUACAAAUGCCAUUGUGUGCAUCCGAAUAAUAUCACACGCAGGGAAACGUGCUGCUGCCUGGAGAUGGAAUUGAACCAGGACACAGAGGAGUGCCAAACUGGACCGGUACCGGGCCCACCUCGCUCAGCAUCACAUCUCUGACAUGGCCAGUAUCAGACGUUUUGGAGGAGAAGCUGCAGCCCUCCCUCAAGUGGUCCCUUAUGCCAUAACGGGCCCUCGGGUGGAAGGUGCUUCCUAAACUCCCAUCAGUGUUCAGCCACCUGAGCCUUCGUGGAGGAGGGUCGGCAUCUUUGCUAACACGAUUUGUAUCUGUGUUCUUCAUGCUUAUAAAUGUCUAGUCUUGUAUCGAA